UGAGCUGUGACUAGUGUGAUGCUGUGGCCUCAAAGGUUUGCAGAGAGAAAGUCUGAGUGAAUGAAAGGGUCAAACAACAUUAACAUUAACAAACAUUAAACCCUAAUGUAGAUUUUGUGCUAUAGGAGCUCACAGAUAUUUCUAGAGCUGCAAUUCAAACCUGCUGCUGCAUCAACACCAGAAAUAAGUGAAACAGGAAGAGGAGGCUCUGACCUGUGUUAGCAGCUCAUCAGCCUGAUGCUGAGACACUCGGCAGCAGGACAUCAUGGAGGACACAGCUCUCUACAGACUGUGUGAGUACUAACAACCCAUCAACCAGUUAACCCUGUAGUCAGCAGGCACAGCUUCAUACUAUCAGAGGAACAGAUGAGCAGCUCUUUUCAUUUGUACCUGCAGUGAUGAGUGCGUUUAUCCUGCUGCUUGCACAAGAGGACCACAGCUACUCUGCUCAGACACCCGGUGAGUUCAACUGUUAACUAGUUAGCUGCUGGGCUGACGUCCCUAAGACUUACUGCUGACAUCUGUCUUCACUGCUGAGAUGCCGCCUUUUGUUUGCAUGUUACAAAAUAAACCAAAGAAAUACUGUCAGAAGUGUUUAAGGAGCAACAAUAACUUCAGCUGCACCCACAGUUCUAUGGAAACCAGCAGAGCCCCUUAUGUUGCCCUGCUGCUUCACGUGGCACUGAAAAAAGAAGAACCUCAACGUUCAUUCAUUUCUAUACUGUUAAUGUUGUUUCUGUACAAAGCAAAUACUGUGCAGAGCAUUUGUGAGUUGCCUUCUGUCUCUGUCUCAGAUGCAGCUUUCCCUCACAUCGCUCCAGACCGACUUCAGUUCUUUGAGUACGAAUCUAUUUCUAUACGGUGUGAGGACACUGACGGCUUCACUGACUGGACAGUAAUGAGGAAGCUCAGGAAAAUAAUUCAGACCAAUUCUUCGGAGUGGAACAUGUCAGCACCAGCCCACACCAUUUAUCCUGCCUUUGAGAGAGACAGUGGGGAAUACUGGUGUGAAAGUGAAGAGGGAGGGAGAAGCAACGCGAUCAACAUCACUGUCACUGGUGGCUCUGUGAUCCUGGAAACACCAGCUCAUCCUGUGAUGGAGGGAGUCCCUGUGACUCUGCGCUGUAAAAAGAGAACUUCCUCAGGCCACAUAUCUGAAUUCUUCAAGGACGGCCUUCAUUUUGAGAUGGGCUACAAAGGAGAGGUGACCAUCCUCAACGUCUCCACCUCACACGAAGGCCUCUACAAGUGCAUUAUGCCUGGAGCUGGAGAGUCACCAGAGAGCAGGCUGGCUGUCACAGACUUUUCAGCACCCCAUGAAGAGGCUCGUCCUCCCCCCAGCCGCUCCCGUCAUCUCAGCCUGCUGUGGCCUCUCCUCGGUGUUUUGUUGUUGGUUCUGUUGCUGCUGAUGGGACUCCUCCACUAUCAGAAAGCCAAAGGUACAGAAAACAACCUGAGUGAAACUCUGCAGUACAUGACAAGUAGGUUUGGUGCAGAUUCCAUAAAAACACAAAGAACCCUGUUUGGUUUUGGGACGUCUCUAAGCAGAAGUUCCUACAGGUGUGCUGGUUCCUUGAGGACCAGCACUAGGACGUUCUCUCUGCCAUUAAUUCCACCUUUAUCCCAGUUCAUGUCUGUUCUGCUGUGCUGCAGUGUUGACCUGCUUUUCAUCAGGCGAAUCCACAGCAGGACCACAAGCAUGAGAGGGUCAUGUAGGUGAGGAAAGCCAACGCAGAGCGCACUGGUGUGGUGUCAUCACAGAUGUUAGAGCAGUCAGUAGAUUCCCGAGCGCCUUUCCCGUGUAAACUCGCCACACCUCGGCUUUUAGCGACAGUGGGAAUGUGACUGCUGGGACAAAAGACUCUGCAGCUCAUGUGUUUCACUCUGUUUCAGUCCCAGGAGAGAACGGUGUCGCUGAGCCACGACAUGCCACGUACGCUGUUGUCAAA